CGCCAACAAUCAACAAACCCAAGCAAGCCCGUGAGCUCCGUCAUCGUCGUUUGAUUAGUUUCGAUUUGGCAGGCAUCUGGAUGGAAGUGAAGUCUCCGCGGUUACGUUGCGCUGGUUGAAGAAAAGUCCGUUCGCGUUUGUGAAGAGUCUCACGGGAAGUGACGAAGGGAAGCAGGAGGAAAAGUUUUUAUUUUGUAUGGUGCUUAAUCGUGUUUAGUGCAGCUGUAGGAGAAAGAGAGAGAGACCCGAGCGGAGAAGUGAUAAUUUUUCAGCUGUUUUCACCUAUUUGGUCAACUUGUGUCGAACAGUGAGCAGUGCCCCUGGCUGCAGAAAAUCGGAUUUUACUGGAUUACCUUUGUUCCGGAAGCUGCUGGUUCGUCCGAUGCCUACUUUGGCAUCCCUGUUCAUAUAGAGCCAAAUCCAUCAAUAACAAUAACAUCACACAACCAACAGCAGCCAGUAGGUAGCAGGCUAUCAUCGCUUACUCUCUUGCCUUGCCUUGCCCUGCUGGUUUGGAUGUGCGUUGUUUGUGUGCUGAAUUUGGAUAGAAGCAGAGCAUCAAAUCGUUGCCAGCUGGGAGGUGUGUUGUUGAGUUGAAUGUUGAGUCGAGUCGAGCCGAGAGAGAGUGGGCCCCGUCCCGUGCUGGUGCAGAGUGUUUUCGUGCGCAGAAGGAAAUAACGUUCAUCAUUCGGAUCCGUGUGUCGUACAGUGUGGUGCUGUGCUGCGUGGUACGACAUAGCAAACACUCAAAGAACGACGACAUAACUACCACCCGCCCAGUAAACCAGCAGCUAUCUGGGCUUUAGAUUACAGAGAGACUACUUGGUGUGCAGAAUCAGUGAUUGUUGUGCGAAUAUUCGACCUAGGAAUAGUGGCGUAUCUCAGUCGCGCGAGAUCAAAACAAAUCGGAGAUUGAAAGACGUCAUCAUCACACCGUAGGAUAGGGCAACUUUUGAUUCGGAGAGUGUGCCCCACCAAAAACAAAACAGACGCCAUCUGGUAAGAUCGUAGCAAAAACAAUCAUCCCUCGUGCGCCGGCACUCCCGCAGCAGCAGCAGCAGCAACCAUGUCCUCGCCCAGUGCCGGCAAGCGUCGGAUGGACACCGACGUGAUCAAGCUGAUCGAGAGCAAACACGAAGUGACCAUCCUCGGCGGCUUGAAUGAGUUCUGUGUCAAAUUCUUCGGCCCCAAGGCGACCCCAUACGAGGGCGGAGUGUGGAAGGUGCGGGUUCACCUUCCGGAACACUACCCCUUCAAGUCGCCCAGCAUCGGGUUCAUGAACAAAAUCUACCACCCCAACAUUGACGAGGUGUCCGGCACCGUUUGCUUGGACGUGAUCAACCAGGCGUGGACGGCCCUGUACGACCUGUCGAACAUCUUCGAGUCGUUCCUGCCGCAGCUGUUGACCUACCCCAACCCGGUGGACCCGCUCAAUGGGGAUGCCGCUGCCAUGUACCUCCACAAGCCGGAGGAGUACAAGAAGAAGGUCGCCGACUACGUGCGGCGGUACGCGACCGAGGAAGCCCUGCGCGAUCAGGAACCUACCGAGAGCACCGACAGCGAAUCCAGCAUGUCCGAUUUCAGCGAAGACGAAGCGCAGGAUAUGGAGUUAUAACAACGGCUAGCCACGAUACUAACCAAUUAUUACUAUUAAAGCUAUUAAUUAUUACUACAACCACAAACACACACAGAUUACGGAGCCAGAAAGGAAGGAAGGAAGGAAGCAGCGAGCGCACCGAGGGUGAGAAGCGAAAUCUUUUAAUAGUGAAUUAAAUGUUUACGCGUAGGGUCACUGAGAACAUAACACACACAUGAAUUUCUACACACACGCAUCGUACUCACAUCGUCGUCGUACACACAACACAUCCACAGAAGGAGGAAAAGAAACACACCAAACUCAUUCGACUCAUCAUCGCAGCUGAGCUCCCCAGUUGCUGUUCUACACCUUAGCCAGGUAGUUAAUGGGAGAUUAUACAUCUAUUGCAAAACAAUAUUAGAGUAUAACAUAGAGAAUACCAAACAACCACACUCUGCACUGCACAGUGGGAAGUUACGAGGUCCAGGUUCCCGCGGAUUAGUCAAGAUUUGUCAUCCUGGGCUGAGCUCAUGGAGGGUUGUAGUUAUCCGGUUUUAUCAUGAUUAUGUGUUUUUUUUUUAUCAGUUUGCUAGAUGCAAACGCUGUGAAUUUUAACGGUUUAUUUGAAUAAAUUUAUAAUAUUCGUAAUUGGUGGGCAAGUCCACCAAGUUUCAUAAUGAACAAACGACCAAUGCUUCUAUGAUUUCCAUAUUGUAUAAUUCUGCCCAUAAACAUUAUCGCCACCUAGUUUCCUACUAUUCUAUACUAACCUUUCGAAGUUUGACGCCAUGUGUCAUAUACACGUCGUGUACGAUUUUGUGGGUCUAUGAAUUGAUUAUUCUAGGAAACUCUACUGGGGAUCCCUACAAAAAUUUCUUCUGAAGAUUCUACCAAAAAUUCCAUCUGGGGAAUCUUCCAGGGACUCCCUUUGUCGAUUACUCCAGAUUUGCUAUCUGGGGAUUCUCCUUCAUGCGUUCCUGCAGAGGAUUCCUCUAGAAACUCUUUUAAGGGAUUCCAGAAGGGAUGGCUUCUGUGGUUUCAACCAUACUCCUUUAUGGAUUGAUCUGGGGAUUCCUCCAGGAAUAUUUAUCAAAUGUUCCCAAAGGGAUUCCUAAACUAGUUUACAGGGUCCUCUCCGAGAAUCUCUUGUGGGGAAUCCGAUUCAAGUAUUUCUCCAAGAACUCUCGAAGGAUUUCCAGAAGGAACUCCUGGAUGAUUCCUAAAAAUAGUCCUAGAAGAUUCACAUGAAGAACUCCUAGAUGAAUCCCAAAAGAAGAGGAAAGAAACUCCUGGACGAUUCCUGAAAAGAACUCCUGAAUGAUUUCCCAAUGGAACUUCUGAGGUAUUCCCACAAGGAACUGCAGGAGGAUUUUCAGAAUGAACUCCAGGAAGGAAUGUCCCGGAGGACUCCCAGAAGAAUGCCUGGGAGGAUUCCCAGAGGAUGUUUUCGAAAGAUUCGCAGCAGGAGCUCCUGCAGAAAUCCCAAAGUUAACUCUUGGAAGAUUCUCUCUUGGAAACUCUUAACGGAACAAGAAAUCCUUGGGGAUGUUUCAGGGAAAAAAUAGCAAAAGUUAUUGGAGGGAUCCAUGAACAAAUUCAAGGUUGAACUUCUGAAAGAAUCCCAGAAGGAGCUCCUGCUGGAGUCCCACGAAAGAACCCAAAAAGUAACUCUUGGAGGAGUCUCAGCAGAAACUUUUACAUAUUUUUCGACCUUGAAGAUUCCGGUGCAUAAUUCCGGAAGGAGUUCCCUAAAGAAUGCCAGAAGCAACUCUGAACAAUCUCAGAAAGACCUCCUGAUGAAAUACCAGAAUACAUUUGGAAGAAUCCGUGAAAGAACUUAGUGCUCUGAAUUGAAGAUCAUUUUCGCACAUUGACGGUGAGCAAGAGUAUCCUCCAAAGUCCUCUCUGGAGCCACCAACAAGGUCGUCGUCAUGAGCGUCUAUUUUAGUGUUUUCUAUUGCUAGAUCGAUCCGUAGGUGCUAUUGCAAAAAUCAUGGGAGGAUAUCUGGUGGAAAUGCUAGAUACAACAUUCAGAAACUGGACAACCCCUGGAAUCUUGGGAGAAACUCCUAGACAAAUCUGAAAAGAAAUUCCACUUUCUGGAAGAUUCUUGGAUAGAACUCCUAGAUGUUUUUCCAAUGGAACUUCUGAAGUAUUCUCACAAUGAACUGCAAGAGGAUUUUCAGAAAGAACUCCAGGAAGGUAGUCCCGGAUGACUCUCAGAAGAAUGCCUUGAGGAAUUUCCAGAGCUAGUUUUUGAAGCUAUCACAGUAGGAGCUACUGGAGAAAUCCCAGAAUGAACUCUUGGAAGAUUCCCUCUUGGAAACUCUUAACGGAACAAGAAGUCCUUGAGGAUUUUCAAGGAUGCUUCAGGGGGAAAUCUAGCAAAAGUUAUUGUAGGGGUCCAUGAACAAAUUUAAGGUUGAACUCCUGCAAGAAUCCCAGAAACAGCUCCUGCUUGAGUCCCACAAGGAACUCCUGCAAGACUCCAAAAUGUAACUCUUGGAGGAAUCUCAGUAGAAAUUUGCGAGCCAAAUAUUGUUCGUCCUUGAAGCUUCCGGUGCAUAAUUCGGGAAGGAUUUCCCUAGAGAAUGGCAGAAGCAACUCUGAACAAUCUCAGAAGGACCUCGUGAUGAAAUACCAAAAAGCAUUGGGAAGAAUCCGUGGAAGAACUUAUGAAAGAACCUCAGAACUUAGUCCUCUGAAUUGAAGAUCUUUUUGGUACAUUGACGGUUAGCAAGAGUAUCCUCCAAAGUCCUCUCUGGAGCCACCAACAGGAGUCGUUGUCAGGAGUGUCUAUUUUAGUGUUUUCUAUUGUCAGAUCAAUCCAAAGGUGCUAUUUCAAAAAUCAUGGGAGGAUAUCUGGUAGAAAUUCUAGAUACAACAUUCAAAAACGGGACAGCCCCUGGAUUGAAUCUUGGGAGAAACUCCCAGACAAAUCUAAAAAGAAAUUCCACCUUUGGAUCAGACAAUAGAAAACACUAAAAUAGACACCUAUGACGACAACCUUGUUGGUGGCUCCAGAGAGGACUUUGGAGGGUCUCUUGUCCACCGUCAAUGUGUCAAUGUAAAUGAUCUUAUAUUCAGAGAACUAAGUUCUGAAGAUCUUUCAUAAAUUCAUCUAAAGAUACUUCCCAAUGUUUUCGGGUAUUUCAUCUGGAGUUCCUUCUAAGAUCCUGAAAGAAUCUCUGGGAAAAAUAUCCUUAGAAACAUUCGUAGAAUUUCUGGGAGAAAUACUGGAGUUAUCCUUGGAGGAAAGAGUAACGGAACACCAUUCAAGAGGAACCCAGGGAGAAACUCUUCUAGGGAUCUCGCGGUAACCUCUGAGAAAUAUUCUGCCAUAAACGCUAACAGAAAUUCCACGAAAUCGCCGCAACAAUAAUCGCUAACAAUGAAUAUUCAGGGCUAUCAACCUCGACAAAUCGUGUUCACGUCAAAAAGUGACGUAUGACUUUGUUUUAACUGGGUUAUAGUCCACCUAACGGGCGCCCGGUCAAAACGUAGUCCAACGAACUAAGGUCGGCUGUACCUCGGAGUUGCAAAGCUAGUCAGAAGACGCCUUUUUCUGGUAAUGAGAAUUUUCGACUCCUGCGGGAGUUCCCUUUGGAGAUUCCUCCAGGAAUUCCCAUCGGGGUUUGCUGUACGAAUUCCCACUCGAGAAUCCUCCAGAAAUUUCUACCGUGGGUUGUUCUAGGAAUUUCCACCGAUGAUUGCACUAGUAAGUCCAACCCAGGAUUGCCCCAGGAAUUCACAACGGAAUCCUCCUAGAAUCGGUGGCAAUCCUAUGUGGACGGUGAGGUAAAAAACUCCGGAAUUGGAGACUUCACACGACCCACAACCCGGUGACGAAGAGAAGUGUAUCCGUAGCUUCCAACGGAAACUGAGGGAAAGUAAUGGUUUCGGAAGGAAACAUGGUCGAAUUGGAACGUUUGUCUGUCAGCAAAUUUCCUUCCCGGUCAUUGCACAUGGCGGGCACUGGCGCAGUCUUGUGUCGCGCACCAUUGACGGUUGCAUAAAAUCUUCGCAUAUCGUUUCUGUUAAUACUUUUCUGUGCUACAGCAAUCACACUCUCUCUUCGUGCUGUUGUUCUUUAUUUAUAGGUAGAAAAACUUAAUUCGACAGAAGGAUUCUCUCGAACUUUUGGAGGAGUUGCUCUCGAAUCUCUGGAGAAGAUUCCUUCGAAUCUCUGGAGGAGAUUCUCUCAAACCUCUGGAGGAGAUUCUCUCGAAUCUCUGAAGGAGAUUACCUCGAAUCUCUGGAGGAGAUUUCCUCGAAUCACUGUAAGAGAUUCCCUCGAAUCUCUGUGAGAUUUCUUCGAAUCUCUGUGAGAGAUUCCCUCGAAUUUCUGUGAGCGAUUCCCCCGAACAUCUGUAAGAGAUUCGCUCGAAUCUCUGAAGGAGAUUCCCUCGAAUCUCUGAAGGAGAUUUCCUCGAAUCAAUGUGAGAGAUUCCCUCGAAUCUCUGUGAGAGAUUCCCUCAAUUCUCUGGAGGAGAUUCCCCGGAAUCUUUGGAGGAGAUUCUUUAGAAUCUCUGGGGGAGUUUCCCCCGAAUCUCUGGAGGAGAUUCCCCCGAAUCUCUGGAGGAGUUUCCCCCGAAUCUCUGGAGGAUAUUCUCCCGCAUCUCUGCAGGAGAUUCUCCCGAAUCUCUGGAGGAGAUUCUCCCGUAUCUCUGCAGGAGAUUCUCCCAAAUCUCUGGAGGAGAUCUCCCCAAAUCUCUGGAGAAGAUUCCCCCGAAUAUCUGGAGGAGAAUCCCCUGAAUCUUUGGAGAUUUCUCCGAAUUUCUGGAGGAGAUUUCCCCGAAUCUCUGGAGAAGGUUCCGCCGAAGAGAUUCCAGAGAAUCCUCGCGAAGAGAUUCCGGGGAAUCCAAGCGGAGAGAGAUUCCGGGCAAUCCUCGCGGAGAGAUUCCGGAGAAUCCUCGGGAGAGAUUCGGAGGAGAAUUCUCGGGAGAGAUUCCGGAUUCUCAAACUAAACUUGAUGACUAGCGCCACCUUGCGGCGAAAUUGAUGGAUGAAUCUCCAAUGAAACUAAUGGAUGAAUCUCCAGAAUGUUCUUGGCCUUCUGAACAACUUUGCCGAAGACGAAACUUUUCUAUCUGCUUUGCAUCCCGAGAUAGAGAACUCUAAAACUUUACUUGAUAACUAGGGCCAUCUAGCGGUGAAAUCACCAACUAAUUGAUUAAUCAUCAGUAUGCUCUCAACCUUCUGAUCAACUUUGACAAAGACAGCGUUAUUCCAAAAUAGUAAAUCAUGUAAUAUUGGAUGUGAUAACUGACGAGCGUAUAUUGCAACUGCAUGGCGCCUCUAUCGGCCAAAUUGCCAACUAAUUGGAAGAUAUCAACUAGAAGUGUGACAUUUUCAGCAAAGUUGUUCAGCAAGCUAAGUAUUAUCUGACAACGGCGUUUUUUUAUGCUUGGUAAUUUUCGGGAUAGGUUUCAAUCCUUUAUGCGUUAGUUUUUCAUUCCUCUAGAGAUUCCUCGUAGGAUUUCUUCAGGGAUUCCUCUAGAGAUAUUCCCAUGGAUUCGUCUGGGGAUCCUCAAUUUAGGAAUCUAGGAAAUUUCUUUAUGGAUUGAUCCAAGACUUCCACCAGGCAUUCCUCAAGAUAUUCCGCGAGAGAUUUAUUCAUGAGUACUUCUAGAAAUUCUUCGAGGAAUUCCUCCAGAGGCUUAGCCAGGUAUUCUUCCAAGAAUCCCACAACACUAAAUUCAUGCAAGGGUUACACCAGGUAUUCUUCUGCAGAUUGUUCCGAGUAUUUUCCAAGAUUCCUCCAGAAAUCACGCCCACCAAGGAUUGUCAGUAAAAAAAUAUCCUCAGGGAUUCCAUCAGGUAUUUUUCCGAGAAUUCCCCUAAUGAUUUAAAUUGUGGUUUCCAAAAGGAGUUCUUAAUGCACCUUAGACCAGUUUCCUGUUCUAAAGGAAACGCUCAAUAAAUUUCUUGACCGAUUCCUGGCAGUAACUUUCUACAGACACUGCUAUUGGAAUUGUCCUUUCUUAGCAAAUGCGUACUGUGAUCGAAGGAAAUCGGUUUCUUGGGCGAUUCAGCAGGCAAGGAAUAGGCCGUAAAAUUCCUUCUGAACUGCAUACUGCCCUUCAUCUUAGGGUUUCGAGAUACACACUGCAAACUGGCGUCAUCUAUUAAAAAAAAUUCGAACCAAGGUUUCCGAAUAGUUCAGGGCCUGCUAAAAAACUUUGCUGAAAACGUCACACCUCUAGCUCGUUAGAGUUUCAAGAUAUACGAAUUAUGAAUUAUUUGACACUAGGUGCCAUCUAGUGGAUAAAUCACGAACCCGGGUAGUUCUUAGCUUGCUGAAUGACUUUGCCGAAUAUGGUAUUAUUCUAUCUCGUCCGGUUUCUGAGUUAGAUGUGUUCGACAUUUCUCAAUACACUAACGCUACUUAGCGGACGAAUCUCGAAUCAAAGUUGUUGUUUCCAGAUAAUUCGUUAUCUGCUGAACAAGUUUGCUGAAAACGACAGCCUUCUAGCUCAUUAGAGCUUCAAGAUGUACUUGUUUGGCACUAGGCGCCACCUAGCGGAUAAAUAACGACCCAUGGACUCAAUUAGAGGACGAUCUGCGGACCCUUCUGUCUCAUCAGGCUUCAGGGAUAUAGAGGUUUGAACAUUUUUCCCACUGACGGCGCCUAGCGGACGAAUCUUGAAACAAAGUUGCCGUUUUCAGAUAGUUGUUAGCUUGCUAAAAACGGCACAAGUUUAUUAGAGUUUCGAGAUAUACGUGUUUGAACUUUUUCGACACUAGGCGCCACCUAGCGGAUAAAUCGAGAACCAUAGACUCAAUUGUCAGAUAGUUCUUAGAUUGCUCAACAACUUUGUCGAAGACUGCAUCAUUCUAUCUGAUCAGGAUUCUGAGAUUUGAAUACUAUAUUAAAAUACUUAAGAUAAAGUCAACCAUAUUUUCGGUUUAUUCUGACCAAAAAUAUGAAACUGUUUGCAACGAGUGUGAUCUCAUGUUUCAAAUUACCUUCUAGAAUUCCUGGAAGAACAUCUUGAAACUUCCACCACACUACAGUAGACGUCCGCUCGGUGCAGACGUUUUAACUGCAAGUCCGGUAAUUGCAACAAUUUUGUAAUUAUCGCACCGAUAUCUGUCAAAAACGAAACGUCAACUGUGUUGCGAUGUUUUUCGAAUGCACUUCAGCUGCAGUGCGAUGUUUUCGAGUGCAGUUUGGCUGCGUCCAACAAUAAUUGACAACUGUUUGACGCCUGUCAGUCGUUGAUUGAUGCACCAAGCGAAAAGAAGAAUAAGACACCGUUCGGAUGUCAAAACUGUUUCUUCUUUUCCCUUAUGCAUCGUUCAACUGCAGUUAGCGAAUUACAUUCGGUAACUGAAACGUAAACAUGUUUCAGUUACCGAACGUCUACUAUGUAUGCUUUAUUUAUUUUCUGUAGAAAAAAAUGACGGCUUUGGAUUUUUCAAAUAGUAUGGAACGAGCUCACCAACUCAUGAGGUCGAAUCUAUAGGCUUCUAUAGUCGAAUUCCGUGUUUUUCGUGUCGCACGUCGUCGUUAAGCCUGUGUGUGAACGUGAAGGAAAAUCAGGUUUUUCUGGAUUCGGCUGCAUAACCAGUCAGAGGCCACUCAACUCAUGUCGAUGUUUUCCGAUGGACAACAAAAAGUUAACUAUUUAUUGGUGAGCUCGUUUUAUGUUAUUUGAAAAUAUACGCAAAACACACGCAACUAAAACAGCUUUUUAAUGUACGUUCUCAACUAUUAUUGGACGUCGACAUGUCCAUAAACCAAAGCUCAUUUCCAUGAUAGCCGUGAAGAUCCAAAGAUGAUUUUGGUCUCCUUUCAGUAAUGUUUGCGUUUGGUGUUGUCCAUACCCUGAAAGUCUGCGUCGGUAUUAUUGGUUAUUGUAGGGUAGCGAACCACUUGGGCAGCGGCCGGUAUUUUGGGCUCUCUUCGGUAUAUCUGAGUCAAUUCCUUACCAAUUUACUUGAAAUUUUGUACACGGCUAAAUACUAUAGGUAUCUCAUCGCGUUCCAAAAGUUGUGUCAAUUGGUUCAGAAUUGGCUGAGUUGUAGCAGAAAAGUGCCCAAAAUAGGACCCAUGCCGAGAUGGUUCCUUUUCCCUAUUGUUUUUUUUUUUGCAUAAGAUCGUUUUGUAUGAGGUCAAUCGGGAUCAAUCAAACUUGGUAUACAGUAGACGUUCGCUCGGUGCAAACAGUUUAACUGCAAUGCUUUUUAACUGCAAGUCCGCUAAGUGCAACAAUUUUGCAGUUAUCGCACCGCUAUCUGCCAAAAACAAAACGUCAACCGAGUUGCGAUGUUUUUCGGAUGCACUAAAGCUGCAUUGAGUGCAUUCUGGCUGCGUCCAACAGCAAUUGACAACUGUUUGACAGCUGUCAGACGUUGUAGUUAGCGAAUUUCAUUCGGUAACUGAAACGUAAACAUGUUGCACUUAUCGAAUGUCUACUGUAAUAGUCAUUAGACAUAAAGAGCAGGGUUCAUGUCGAUUAUGAUAAAGAGCUGUAUGCCAAGUGAGCUUAUGGCAAAUGACGUUGUGCCAACAGAAUUUAUACCAAACGAUAUCAGAUCUGUUGCCUUAUGUUAGGGCUCUAACCUCUUGUUGAAGACGAUGUAGUUUAUUUUCAAUUUGUCAAAAAAAAAAAAUCGUCUGGUUUUCGUCUUUCGUCUGUGGUAAUUUGAUCUCGUGGCCUACUGUGCAGUUGAAAAAUAACAAGGAGAUAAGCAAACUCAUUUCGGUUUUUGGUCAAAUUAGAAUGUAUGACUGUGUGUGCGCAUCUCAUUAAAAAAAAUACACUGAAAAACAUGCAUAACCGACCUUUGUGAAACGGUUCUGUAACCGUUAUAAAACACAUCUGUGUUAGUAUUGGUUGCCCUUCCGCGCUCCCUCUGGCCAUCUCUUUCUAGAUCAGAGUAUAAACAACCGAAUCAUUACGAAUUUAGCGCUAGUGUUUCCUCCCCUUAUUUGUUUUCGUUGUUGGUUGUCAACAACAGCUGCAGGACCACAUUUAUCUUAGGCUCCGUGUAUCCGCGCCAAUUAUGAAAUUGGGUUUCACAUUCGCGCCACGGGCGUACCCCAUCUGGCAUAAUGCCGUUUGGCGUAACGUUAGUUUUGAUUCUACUUUCGAAGUAGGCUGUUUUUCGUGUUAUGUAUGCCAAAUGACCGUUAUGGCAAACGACCAUAAUGCCAAAGGGCGUGACACCAAGCAGCAUUAUGCCAAAUGGAGUUACUCCCUUAACCACCAGGCUUUAGUUAGUUAGCUCUUUCGAAUGCUACUGCUUUUCACGUAUGUACACACUUCAAAGUUUUUGAGUUUAGUCAAAUUUUAUUUACACCCUUUCAACUUUAUAAACAAUAUAAACAUACCUAUUUAGUGUUCGCGUAUAUUCACACACGUGUAGUAGGAAACGACGUUUUUAUUUUGCUCCUAGUGCUUAUGUUUGUUUUUUUAGAAUUGUGCGUGUGGCAAUAACCUUCUACUCCGGGCGCUUUAGUUUCUCAUUUACAAAAACACAAGGAAGUAAUUUCCCCACAUUACUUACUCGGUAACAAAGUAAAACAUGAAUGUUGUGCGUGCGGGAGAAGAUUGUUUAUUAUUGAUUAAUAACUAGAAUAUUAUUAUUAUUAAUAUUAUAUUAAAGUAGGAAUGUAAUAAAACAGUAAGAGAAUUAAUGAUAACAUUUGAAGAUAAAAAAAAAACAAAUUGAUAACAAUACCAAUGUGAGAAAGCAACACGAAAACGGAAGAAUUUUGAACAAAAUAAAAAUGAUAAAAAUUAUCGAAUAAAAAAUUUCAACAAAAAAAAACACUGAAGAAAAAUCCGGUAGCAAUUAAGGUGAUGUUUGUAAUUUCGAUGAAUGAAAAUUAUUCUUUGAGGAGUAAAUAGUGACAAAAAUAUCGCGAUGAAGAGGAAGAAAGCAGAUAAAAAAAAAGUCGCAUAUAUUUAAACAAUAUUAAAUACAAAUCGUGACGUGAAAAUAAUUA